AUGGAGUCGGUGCACCAUGUGUCGGCCUCUUCCAAGGUCCUACUAAAGAAGGUGCGCAAUUUGGUACCUCCGAUGCUCGAGAAAUUCCACAAAGGUCAACAGGGACGUGUUGCCGUUAUUGGAGGAUCCUUAGAUUACACAGGAGCUCCCUACUUUUCUUCAAUGGCAUCGGCUCGACUAGGAUGUGACAUGAGCCAUGUAAUCUGCGACAAGUCGGCUGCCGUUGUCAUCAAAACUUAUUCCCCGAAUCUAAUGGUCCACCCGAUACUGCCAAGCAGCGACACCGUCAAAAACCCCGAGUCCAUUGACGCUCCGUCACUCGCUAGUCCCAUUAUCGCUAUGAUUCCUCGCCUCCACUGUCUCGUGAUUGGACCGGGUCUAGGUCGCGACGGAGUCACGCUCAAGGUGGUAGCGGAGGUCAUGAAGGAAGCGCGGUCCCGGUCGAUACCGUUUGUUUUGGACGCAGACGGUCUGAUUCUCGUCACCGAGGACCCGGAUCUGGUGAAGGGGUAUAAGGAUUGUAUUCUAACUCCUAAUGUGAACGAGUUCAGUCGUCUCGCGAAAGCCAUGGGAAUCGACGUUCCCAGCCAAGCCCAGAUUGGCUCCAAGUCCGAUGGCGGUGGCAAGACAAGUGAGGAGACCAAGGCCUGUGAACAGCUCUCCCAGGCGCUUGGUGGCGUUACUAUCAUUCAGAAGGGUCCUCAUGACAUCAUCUCCAACGGUGUCACCAGUAUUGUCUCGGACAUCCAGGGUGGGCUGAAGCGGAGCGGAGGACAAGGAGAUACGCUCACCGGGUCGUUGGGCACGCUCUUGGCCUGGAGGGCGGCCUACCAUAACGGGCUGUGGGAUUCGGGGGAGAAAGACAACCAGAAAGAGGCAGAAACUAAAGAAGAGGUUCAGGCGGAGCUAGAGUCGGAGAACCAGCGGAUGUCCCCGGUCACAACUUUGCUUCUGGCGGCGUUCGCGGGCAGUAGCAUCACGAGGGAGUGCUCCCGGCGAGCGUUUCUGGCCAAGGGGCGGAGCAUGCAGGCUAGUGAUCUCACCGAUGAAGUUCAUGAGAGUUUCCUGCGCCUGAUUGGGGAGCCGGAGGCGUCGAAAAUGCGGCUGUAG